CGUAAGACGCUUUAUUAUUUUACAAAAUGGCGUGUGCAAUUUUAGAAUCUAUAUUAACGUUGUUAGCACUCAGUGCAUGCUUAGAUAAAGUGACAGCUGAAUCUGGGAUACUGCCGUGUGUUCCCAAGACUUUUGGCUCGUCCUCAGUCGUAUGUGUUUGUAACUCAACUUACUGCGACACAGUUGAAACCGAGGACGUGCUUCCUCCUGAUAGAUUUGCGGUGUACGUGACGACAAAAUCUGGCAGCAGGUUAAAAAAGACGGUCCUGCAUAGACAGAAGUUUACUGGGGAACAAAUAGCAGCAGACGCCAGCAAAAGUGUGCUAAUUUUUAAGGUCGAUACUUCCCACGUCAGACAGACGAUAGUCGGUUUUGGCGGCACGUUCACUGAUGCGAGCGGAAUGAAUAUUGCAAGCCUUUCUAAAAGUGCACAAGAGCAUUUGAUCAACUCGUAUUUCGGACCAGACGGUAUCGAAUACACAUUAGGCAGAAUACCGAUAGCAAGUAAUGACAUGUCGACGGACAUUUAUUCUUAUGAUUUCACCAAUGGCGACACUGGCUUGUCUAAAUUCACAAUAGCUGGCUAUGACCAUUUGUACAAAUUACCGUAUAUAGACCAAGCGGUUGUAGCGAGCAGAAGAAAUGUGUCACUUUUUGGAAGUCCGUGGAGUUCCCCGGAUUGGAUGAAAACCAACGACAACAUGGUUGGUUAUGGAACAAUAGCCGAUGGCAUGGCAAAGGUGUAUGCCAAUUACUUGGGCAGAUUUUUACAGGAAUACGAGUCUUUCAUGUUUCACGGCAGAAUGUGGGGAAUUACUCCACAGAGCGGUCCUGUAAGGAGCUGCAACAUCUCUAGUCAGCCUCAGUACCAGUCUCUGUGCUGGACUGCUGAAAAUAUGAGUGACUGGGUUGUGCGCGAUCUGAAACCUUCUCUACGUGAAUACGGAUAUGAUCACGUUAAACUGCUGGUAAUGGACGACAACAGAGACCAACUGCCGCAUUGGACAGAGGCAUUUCAAAGUGUGGCUAAACGAAAUGACAUUGAUGGAUUCGCAGUCCAGUCUCACCAUGACGGAUCCUCAAGCCCGUCAUUACUAGCGGACACACAUGCGAAGUUUCCGGAUAAGAUUAUAAUUGGAUCCGAAUUCAGCCUGCAUAGGAAACCGGCAGUAGAUUUAGGAAGCUGGGAAAGAGCCGAGACACUGGCAAGUAGCAUUUUCCAAGAUUUACAAAAUUUUGUGUCAGGAUACACGCAUUACAACUUGGCAUUAAAUGCAUCUGGAGGGCCUAGCUGGAUCAACAACAACGCUGACUGUCCAAUCAUUGUCGAUGCCACGAAUAAAGUAUUUUACAAACAACCUAUGUUCUACAUUAUGGGCCACUUCAGCAAGUUUGUUCCACCUGGUUCAGUUGCAAUAGGAUUAAAAUCAGACGGUCCUAUUUCAGUAGCUACACCAGCUGUUGCGUUCCUGCGCCCCGACGGGUCCAUUGCGGUUAUCAUGGCAAAUAUGUCCGAGGAAGAAGUGAAAAUACAGCUGGUCGAUGGAACGUUUGUUAUAAAAUAUACUCUUGAGCCAUCAUCUAUUCAGACACUUGUGUGGUGGAGCUAACUUGACACACUGUUUGGACUGAUCCUAUAUUUUCAAACUGACUUAUUAACCGUCACACACUCCAUUUGAAAUAUGUGUUUGCUUCUUAAAUACCAAUGUAUAUCCCACUCAGUUUUACAGUGCAAGUGCAAUCACAUCAAAUUUUCCCAGUUAUAAUAAUUUUGGUCCAACCAUAAAUAGGUACAAAUGGCAGGCUUUAAAACUGACAAUUGGGCAUAUCGGUAAAACCAUUGGAUGCUCCCUGAAAAUUGCACUCCUUCCAACGGAUAAUGAAGAAAUUAUGCACACCUCCUUUUUAGAGUGAAGCAUCUUGUGAAUUUUUGCUAAAUUCCAGGCACUGGUUGCUGAGAAAUACUCCUGACUAUGAUGGUGCUAUAGUUUACUAAUGUAUAAUCAAAGGGCAAUAAACUAGUGAAAAACCAUCAAACUGAAACAAAAAGAUAAUACGCACGUCUCCUGACGAUAGUAAAGCUUCCUAUGAAGUAUGGCUAAAUUCCAACCAGUGACUCCGGAAAGGUCAAGGUUACAGUAUACUAUAUACCAAUUAACCAGAUCACAAAUGGGGCAUCUUUUUACAAAUCAAUUAUUAGGACUCUUUUAGUACUUGUCUGGGUAUUUAAAACAAGGAACAUUGCUGAGAAGUUAUUUCAAAAUUGGGCCAGCCAUUUCCGAGGGAAAGAUUUUUAAACUUUUCUUUUUGGAUGCCAUGACAAUCAGAAUUCUGGAUUGAUAAACGAGUCUGCAAGAAGACCACCCAAGGAAUUUCUGUGAAGUUUAGUUAAAAUUUGCUUGGUUGUUUAAGAGAUGUUCUUUCCAGAAAUUUUGGACAACAGACAUACAGACAAAGGACAUUUAACGAUCCUUAAAGUUGCAGUGAACUAAAAAGUCAUGUCAAUUUUUUACCAUUUUAUUUCACCUUUGCACCUUGUACUCAAAUACAUAUAUUAUUACACCAAUAAGCUUUUAAAAAGGAAUUAUUCCAAUGCUGAAAUGUGUUAUUUUUCCAAAGAAUUUGAAAAUCUUCUAUUUGACUUUAUCUUGAGUUAAGAAUAUAUUACCAUUUUGAAUAUACUACUAAACAAGA